AUGGCCAAGCUGGUGGUUAUAAUUUGUGCGAUCGUUCUGUUGGCCACGGUUGAGCAUCGAGUGGAGGCAACGGUUGUGCGGCUGCUGACCGAUUUCAUCCAAAACAAUGUCGCCGGCAUACCGUUGAUUCACAAGACGGAAGAGUAUGAUUUCGAUCCGGAAAUAAGUAAAAAACGUCGUGAGCUUUACUAUGAGCUGCAUGGCUACCGAGGAGAAAAGGUGAUCGAAAGGCUCGGUCUUGGCAUCGAUGGUAAGCAUCAUGAGCGAGCGGAACACCAGCGGCAGCGUGAUGAGGGACACCUGCAAGGGCUGAACUAUUUCCAACCAUAGUGAAGUGCGCCGUAAGAAGGGGCUCAUGUUAAUGGCGCUAUUUGGUGAUGGCGUUCGGUUGGUUAAGAGAGCGGCCACUCUUC